AUGGCUCUUGGACAUCAAUCGGAACCACAAUAUGAACUUUUGAAUGGAAAAAAGUAACAUUUAAUUUCACUACUAAUUUUUCAUUAGAAUUUAUUCAAUUUAUCAUUAUGUAUUUUAAAAUUCAUAGAAAAUAUAUUCAGCCAAUUGUACAUACUAUGGUAUUAGGUGGACUAGCUGUUCUUGUGAUAUUUGUUGUAAUUUUGAUGUUUUAUGUAUCAUGGAUGAAAUUUGAAGAUGCAAACGAUCAAAAUACUCCCAUGGACUUUGUUCUUUUUGGUCCCCAAAAAUAUACAAGUAAAUUUUACAGUUUUAGUUAUUUUACUUUUCUAGUAAUUAGUUAAUAUUUGUUGAUCAAAUUCUAAUUUUUUUUUUUCACGUAGUAAUCAUUUAUUUUAUUUUAGAUUCAGAUACAAUUUCUUAUCGUGCUCAUACACUUGCUAUUGCUGCAAAAUCCAAUUUUAAAACUAAUUGGACAGCUCAGUACAAAAUCAAUCUUCAAAAACGAAUUGACAAGACAUAUCAUAUGGCUUGUUAUUAUUCUAUUCCAGCUGAGAAUAUUAGUACUUCUCUUCUUCCUGAUCAAAUUGACUCUCAUCUAUGUACUCAUUUAAUUGUAGCAUUCGCACAAGUUCAAAAUAACAGUGUUUACUUUAAGAGCUCAUUUGAUAUUGAAGUAUGUUAUUUAAUUAUGAUCAUUAAAAAAUAAUUCCAUUUUUCUUAUAUAAUAUGUAGACACCUACUAGGUAUUUAAUUAAAAAUUCCAAACAUAGUUUACAUAUUGAAUAUUAUUAAAAUAAUUUUGUUUCUUUCAGAUUUUACGACAGGUUGUUAAAUUACGAAAAAAAAAUCCAGAUUUAAAAGUAUUAUUAUCUAUAUUACAUUUUUCAAAUGGUACCUAUUCAAAUGAAGGUUUUCCUGGCGUUGUUGAAAAUAAUGACAAUUUAAACAAGUAUGUUUAGUUAAAUAAAGUAAAUUAAUUAAAGUAAGAUUCUUUCUUUUGCUUAGAAUUUAAUAUUUACUUUUUUUUUUGUAAAAUGAUAAAUUUAUAAAUUUAAUGUUUUAGUAAUUUGUAUUACGUACAUACUUAAUAUUUAAUGUAUAUCAUAUUUUAUUUAUUUAUUUUUUUUUUUAUAGAUUUGUCAAUGAUGUGGUGUCAGUCAUCAGAGAAUUCUAUCUAGAUGGUAUUGAUAUUGAUUGGGAGUUUCCUUCAUGGCCUUUAUUAAAUUUAAGAGAAAAAUAUGGAUUUUCUAAGUUAUUAGAAACUUUACAUAACCACCUACCGGAUUCUCUUUUAACUGCAGCUGUUGCUGCUCCAUUAAAUAUCAUUAGUAAUUCUUAUGAAAUUUUCUCUUUAUCAAAGUAAUUAAAAAGAUAUUAUAAAUUUAAAUAUAUAUCUAAUAAUAUACCUUUUUUUAGGUUUGUUGAUUUUAUAAAUGUUAUGACUUAUGAUUACCAUUCAUACCAAUGGUAUUUUCCAUUAACUGGGCCGAAUUCUCCUUUGUUUUCUCCAAAAAAUGAGAAUGGAUUAUUUCAGAAUUUGAAUAUUAAUACUUCCAUACAAUAUUGGAUAUCAAAAGGCAUGCCUAAAGAAAAGAUUUUACUCGGUAUGCCUACAUAUGGACAUUCUUUCAAGUAAGUUUAUUUAGUAAAUUCAAUGUUUACAAGAUUUAAGUAACUAAUAAAAUAUGUUUAUAUUUAGAUUAAUAAAUGAAGCCAAUAAUGGUUUCAAUUCACCAACUUCUGGUCCUGGUAUUGGUAUUGGCGGUUUUGUAACCUUCCCGGAAAUAUGUGAGUUUAUUUCACGUCAACAUACUACAACUAUUUUUGAUCAUGAUACUCGUACACCAUAUUCAUAUAAUAAAAAUGAUUGGAUAUCUUUUGAUAAUGAAAAUAGUAUUGCCUAUAAAGCAGAAUUUGUUACUUCUUUAGGUUUAGGAGGUGGUAUGUUGUUUUCUUUAAAUACUGAUGAUUAUAGAGGUUCUAGUCUUUGUUUUAAUACAGUAUUUCCAUUAUCUUCUAGAUUAAAAUUAGUACUAAAUGAUGACUAUUUGUAAAAUUAUAAAAUGUCUGGAAAGUUUGUAUAAAAUCAAUAAAAUGAAGGAAAAAAAAUUAGAUAGUUUUGAUCGAGCCCCCCUCCCCUUACUGUUUUUGUCAAUAUUAAAGAGUUAUUUUGGUGAAAUUUGGCGAUGAUAGCACAACCUUUUCAUAUGCUCCAUAGUAGUUGAAAAUUAACCAAAUGAGGGAAGCUUUGAUAAAAACAUAUCAUGUUUAAAUUUUAAAAGCCCAAAUUAAAUAAAAUUAUUACUGUAGAAAUUUCUGUUUAUCUUUUCGUAUUUAACAAUCAAAUAUUAAAAUCAUCCCUACAUUUAUUUGAUGAAUUAUUAUUGUUUGUUCAUAUUUAAAGUUGCAGUUUUUAUGAUUUUGAAUAAUUUAAUAAUAUUUAUUUUUAUCGUAAAAGUUUUUUUUAAAAAAAACUGACAAAUUAUAUACUACCAUACCAAGAAUAUUUAAACUUUUUAAAAAGUAACGCAAUUCAGUAAAUAUUAUCAUUUAUGUGUGAAUUUAGCAUUGGAUAAUUUGAAUAAUAACACUAUAAAUAAAGUUUAUUUUUGAACUUAAGAAAAGUAAAAAUAACAAAAAAAAUGUGUCAUUAAUUAAUUGAUGCAAAAGUGACAACGAUACAAUUUUAUCAUGUUUGCUGGUGUUAUAACAAAUUAUUAAUUUUUGUCUACCAUAAUUAUUUUAUUGAUGAAAGUUAAGUAUUUUUUUUUAAAUUUUUAUCAAAUUUAAAUAUAUUAAGAUGAUUAUAUUUUUGUAUAAUAAAAAAUUAUGUGUACUAUUUGUCUAUAAAAUAUUUUAUCCUUUAAAUCAAUUAUUUAUCCCCAUAUCAGCUCUGUUCUCUUCAAAAUAAUUUAUUCAAUUAAAAACAUUAUCUUUGCAAAUUUCAUUUUUUCAAAGACUUAUUAAAAAUUUUAGAGUUUAUUAUUUUUGUUGAUUAUUGAAUAUUUUCUAAUUAAUUAAUGAUUUUGUUUACUUAUUUUUUUUAUUAUAUAUUUAUAGUAUACAAUAUGAAUGAAAAAUAUUUUUUAAACUUUCAUCACAAUAAAAGAUUUAAUUUUAGAGAUGAGACAAACUGUUCGAUUUUCAAACUGAAUCAAAUUCUCAAUAGUUUGGUUUGAAAAUCAUUUGAUGCCAAUUCUGUGUGGUCUCUAAUACGAUAUUCUAUAGUUCGGCCUUGUUAUAAAAAAAAAAUUCUAUUGUUUUCAUAUUAGUGGGUAUAGUAAAUAAAUUUGUAGAAUUUUAGUAUAGUAAAUCAUGGACGUCAGCAAUUUGAGAACCUAGGUUUUUGACCUAACCUAACCUAACCUUUUUAUAUUUUUUAUGUUCGAGUGUGAUAAAAUAUUUUAAAAGUUCAGUUUUAUUCUAGUUUGUAUAAAAAUGUAUAAGUUCAGUUCAGUUUGAGUUUGUUAAUUUAAGGAAAGUUUAGUUUGGUUCAAUUCGAUCUUAAAAAUCAGGGUUCGUAACAUCUCUAGUUAAUUAAUAAUUAGAUUAAAAUUUAUGAAUUUAAUAAAUAUUACAAUUUGUUUGAAAUAUUGUUAAUAUGGUAGCUAUUUUUUAAAAUUAUUAACCACUGAACAAAAGACUUGUCCAACUUCACUAUUUGACACCUAUACUAUACUAUACUAUACUUGUGAUAUUAAAUAAACAACUAUUUAAAGUUGUAUAAAAUAUAAAAACAACACAUCACUAAGUUAAUAAAUAGAUAAUAAACAUACUAACUUACAGACUAUUUCUACAUGUACUAGGUAGUGGUUGUUUAUCCAUAGUUAUGACUAAAUAAAAGUGCACAAUGAUACAAUUAAAUAUUUAAUAUGAUGAUAUAUAAUAUAUCCCACUUAUUGGUCAAAACUCUCUACCUACAAAAAUUAUCCAUUUUGUACUAUUAGAUCAAAUUCCAUAAAAAUGCAUUUACCUUUACUUAAGUACAAUUUUUCAAUUUAAAAAAAUUGACAAAUAUUUUGGAAUACCUUGUAUUGUUUAAGUAUUAAAUUAGUUGUUUUUAAUAUUUUGUGAUUUUAUUGUUGUAAUCGUAUUAAUUAUUUGUUAUAUAACUAUCGAAAUAUUUAGUAUUAUAUUUAUUAUUGUUAAGAAGUUCAAUAAAUAUAAUUGUAUUAAUUAUUAUUUUGUAUCAAUAUUAAGUUAAAUAUAAUAAGUAAUAAGUUUAAUAAUUCAAAUUCUUUACUUUAAAUUCAAGGAGUAGUGAGGUAGCUAUUAGUUUAAAACUGUGUUUACAUUCAUAGUUUUAUUACAAAUUUUUUUUGUGUAAUUUUUAAAUUAAAUUUUUAUUACACUAUAGAAUAACAUUUCAAUAAUUAGAUUAAAGAAUAUAAAAAAAAAAAAAAAAAAAAAUAGAAAUACAUAACAAAAUAAUGAUAUAAUUAGGAAAAUUAAAAAGAUAUGAUGAAAUAAAAAUUAAUUAAAUUUUUGUGUUAUGAAAAUAUUCUUUUAGCAACCUUAUAAAUAGGUUAUUCAUCCAUUUUACUUUAAAGUUUCAAACAUUAUUUUUUAUUUUGGUAGCCAUGAAAUCAAAAAAAAAAAAAAAAAAAAAAAUAAAAUAGUAUUAUAAAAUUAUUUGUGUUUCAAUUCUGAUCUUGAAUAUAUUUGUUCCAUUUGUUGUAUUAUCGUUAUUUUAAAUUUUAAUAAAUAAUUAUGUUAAACAUUUACAAAAUACGGAUCUACUUGAAGUCUCAUGGAUGUACACUUAAAAAAAAACCUAGAUUCUUAAUUUGAAAGAUUAUGUAUAAAAAUCAAUUGUAGCCAAUACAGAAAAAAAUAUUUGUUUUUCUACACAGAUCUUCCAUUUAUUUUUAUAUUGAAUUUAUUAUUUAUUAAAGUUGUGAUAUUACUUAUAUUAUAUUGUUUUUUUUUGUUUAUAAAUUUUAUUCCCAACUAAAUUGUGAAGGUAACUUGUAAAUGUAAAGUAAGUUUUACAUAAUAAUAUGAUAUUUAUUUAAAAUGUAUUGUUCUUCAUUUUUAAUUUAAUAAUUUUAUUGAUUUUAAUAUCAGUAUAAAUAUAAAUGCGAGUUAGUACAGAAAAAAAAAAUUAAGAGCUGAUGCCAUAGAAAUAUUAACUAAUUAAUACUGGCUUAUAAAAUAUGGUUUGAUGAAAUUUAACUGAAACUUAAUAAAAUUAUGGAAUUUUAAUUUAGGUUGUCAUUUGAGAAUCAGAAUGUGUUAGUCGUUUAACCUCCAAACAUAUAUGGUAAGAUAAAUAAAGUUAUUUCAUUUAUAUGUAUAUCUGUAUACAAAAAUAAACCAUUUCUAAUGAAAAACGAUUAUCAGCAAAGUUUGAUUAUACAUGAUUUGAAUAGCCGUAGUAACUACGAUUUUCAUCAAACUUUCAUUUUAAAACUAUUAUAAAAAAAAAAAUAAUACCAAUAUUACACUCUACUUUUUUUUUUUACCAUCAAGUAUAACUUAUAAUGAAUCUUCUUUCAAGAUUUCUGUUUGAUCAAAUAAUUUUAUCACUAUAGUUGCCUACCAAAAAAAAAAAAAACUAUGUAAACAAUAACAUAAAAUUCCUUAUUAGAGCUCAACAAUUUUGUUAGAGUAUUUUGAAAAUUUUCACACAUUUAGAAAAAGCAAACAUAAGUGUUAUGAAAAAUAUCAAUUUUGUACACAUAUUUAUAACUGAAUUACAAAUAAAAAACAAAAUUGAAAGUAAUGUAAAUUAUUAAAACUUUCCUAUUCUUUUUACGUUUUUUCCUGGUUUUGCUCAAUUAUUAAGAAAACUACAUGGGAAACCAAAAGGCGACUUUCUUUCUCACCAACAUGAUUCAAAAUUCAAUAAUAAAGGUCAUUUGUCGGUCUUUGAUUAAAGCAAGAUUUCUAAUGGUAAAUAUAAAGCUUAAGAAUUAAAAACAACACUGUAAAUAUUUAUUAGUUUUUCUUUCAUUUUAUAUUUGGAGCGUAGCGAUCUAUUGCUUAGAUAUUGUUUACUACCAACAAUGUAUUUUUUUUUUUUGAAAAAAACCGUACUCCGAUGUAUAAAAUGAAGUACCUUUUAUCUAUUUGGUGCAUUAGACAGGUAAUAUUUUAAUUUUCCUUCGAUUUUACGCAUGAUGUUUUUACCAUAAAUAUUGCUUUAUAGAAAAACGAUAAGAGAUUAUUUUUGUUGUAUUUUUAUCUAGUUGAUGAUCAAGAAAUUUGUUUUUUAUUUUUUCUUGUAGUUUUUUUAAUAAACCGAAAAAAGAAACAUAGAAAGAACCGGAAAAUUUACGAAAAUAAUUCUUUUAAUAUUUUCAGUUUUGAUAUUUUGUUGUGAUACAGUGAAAGUAUUAUUCGAGAUUUAAAAUUUGAACAGAAAACUUAUAUUUGACUUUUCUAUACGAGGCAUAAUGUACCUAGUAUAGUUAAUUUUAAAAGAGUUAAAAUUAAACUUGACGAAAAUCGUAAAUAUUACAGCCUUUCAAAACAUAUGGGUAUAACAAAACUUCGUUCCGAAUUAUUUUUCGUUAGCAAUGGUUUAUCGUUGAUUACUGUUAACAGGUAUAAGUUAAAUAACUUUAUGUAUCAUUUCCUUCCCGACUUUCUACUUACAACAGUGGCGCACUGAUCUCCUGUAGUAUCAGCUCAUUAAUGUUUCCGUUUUUUCUCAAUUAUUUUAAAAACCCCUUGGAAAAUCAAACUAAUUACUUCUUUAAUGCACCAACAAGAUCUAAAAUACAACAAACGACCCCUUGUUAUUUAUCAAUUGGGGCAAGAUUUCUGGCCGACAAGUUAUUUACAGCAAAAAAAAAAAGAAAAAGAACACAUCAUAGGUAGGUAGUAAAACCAAUAGAUCCCUCGCUACUUACACUUAGAAUGUAAUACCUAGCUAAAAUAAUGAAACCGUUAUGCCAUAAACUUUCCCGUUUUUUCUAUGCGGUUUCUCGAUUUUUUUUUAACUAUUUAGAAAACUGCAAUACGCUACACGCCUCAUUGGUUUCUGGAAUGUAAUGUAAGGGCUAAUCAAAUGUAUCAAUAUGCAUUGGCGUAUAUAGAAAUUAAUUUGAGAGGGGGUUUUAGUUGAUACAUAGAUCAAAUAGAUUCAUGAAUAUGCACGCGUGCCGUACGUGUGGGGGGGGGGGGGGGGGGGUUCGGACCUCCGAAACCCACCUCUAUAUAUGCCACUGUUAGUAUGUAUACCUACCUAAUCCUAUUAACUUAGUCGGAGCAGCUGGUUAGCUAUUCGGCUAUUCCUACACUAUAAUUAUAUAAUACAACUAAUAAAUAUUAGAAUAAUAUAAAUACAAUAAAUACACUUGACCUGAGUAACCCUGAUUUCCUAGGGCGGUUAUGGCCAUUGUUGAAUCCAGACAAUUUUUCAGGGGGGAGUGGAGGGGGGGCAUUAUCAAAGUUAUAGUAAGUAAUGACCCUUUUUUUUUAUCUUUACUUAUCUACCCUCUUACCGAGACCAGUCAAAUUUGUUUUAUCAAUUUAUUUACCAACAUUUUACAGGGGAGGUCAAACAAAAUAUUGAAUUCAACACUGGUUAUGGUGGCGGAGUACGAGUGGCGUGUGAUGAUUGA